CUAGAACAGCUUGACUACAGAGGAGAUCCAUUUUGUUUGAUUUUUACAGCCCUCGAAAGGAUCUUCAUACUCCUCCUGCCAGGAACAAUGGCUCUGCCUAUGAACCCAAUGGACGAGCCCAGACUGUACCAGCAGACUCUACUCCAGGAUGGCCUGUAUGACCUGCUGGAGAAUGACAAGCUGGUUGACUGUGUGCUGAAGAUCAAAGACAAGGAGUUCCCGUGCCACCGGCUGGUUCUGUGUGCCUGCAGCUCGUACUUCCGCUCCAUCUUCCUUUCUGACCUGGAGGAGAGCAAAAAGAGAGAAAUUGUCCUAGAGGAUGUGGAGCCUGGUGUCAUGGGGCUCAUCCUGAAAUACCUGUACACCUCCAAAAUCAAUGUGACAGAGCAGAAUGUCCAGGAUAUCUUUGCUGUUGCUAAUAUGUACCAGAUCCCUUCAAUUUUUACUGUAUGUGUGUCUUUCUUACAAAAGCGCCUGAGCCUGAGCAACUGUCUGGCUGUUUUCAGGCUCGGCUUGAUGCUGGACUGUCCCAGGCUGGCCAUCUCUGCUCGAAACUAUGCCUGCGAGCGCUUUCAGCUCAUCUCUAGAGAUGAGGACUUCCUCCAGCUGCUCCCCAGUGAGCUGGCAGCCAUUUUAUCAAAUGACAAUCUAAACGUAGAGACAGAAGAGGAGGUGUUUGAAGCUUUGAUGAACUGGGUAUCCCUCGACAAAGAAAACAGAGAGAAAGAGCUGCCAGGUUUGCUGGAUUGCAUCCGUCUGCGUCUUGUCAGUGAGGACUAUCUGAAAGAAAAAGUAGAGAAACACAAACUGAUCUCAUCCAAUCCGGAGAUGCAGCAGAAACUCCAGCUGGUUAAGGAUGCCCAUGCAGGGAAAAUGCCAGAAGUUAAAAAAAGCAAAAGUAAGGAGGAGGAGGAGGAUGGUGGAGCAGAGAAUGAUGGAGAGAGCAAAGAUAAAGAUGAAGAGGGCCUUCUCCCAAGCAUCCUGAAUGAUAACCUUCGAUUUGGGAUGUUUGUCAGAGACUUGAUCCUGAUGGUUAAUGAUGCUGGCGCUGUGGCCUAUGACCCGUCAGGGAACGACUGCUUUCUGGCAUCACUCUCCACACAGAUUCCCAAGAACCACACCAGCCUGGUUACUAAGGAGAACCAGAUCUUUGUGGCUGGAGGAUUAUUCUUUGACGAACAGAACAAGGAGGACCCACUGUGCUCGUACUUCCUGCAGUAUGACCCAGUCAGUGCCGACUGGCUCGGCAUGCCUCCUGUCCCGUCUCCCCGUUUUCUGUUUGGAAUGGCCGAGGCCGAGAACUCCAUCUUUGUGUUGGGAGGAAAGGAGCUGAAGGAGCAGGAGCACAUGAUGGAUUCAGUUUUGAUAUAUGACAGACACUCCUUUAAAUGGGGCGAGUCAGAACCGAUUCCAUACCCAGUUUAUGGACAUGCAACGGUAUCCCAUAAUGACACUGUAUACGUGAUUGGAGGAAAGGGAGACAAUAAAAGCUGUCUAAGGAAGAUGUGUGCCUAUGAUGCCAAGCGAUUUGAAUGGAAGGAGCUCGCGCCCAUGAAGCAUGCACGCUCCUUAUUUGGUGCCACUGUUCAUAAAGACAAAAUAUAUGUGGCAGGAGGCGUCACCGACAGUGGCCUGACAGACUCUGUGGAAGUGUACGAUAUCGCCACCAGCAAGUGGUCAGACUUUGUGCCAUUUCCUCAGGAACGCAGCUCUCUGAGUCUCGUGUCUUUGGCUGGUUCCCUCUAUGCUGUAGGAGGCUUUGCCAUGAUGCCUUUAGAGGACAGCGAUGAGGUUCUUCCUAAAGAGAUGAACGACAUCUGGAGGUAUAAUGAGACGGAGCAGCAGUGGAACGGGAUCCUCAGAGAGAUCAAGUACGCCUCAGGGGCCACAGUUUUGGGGGUGCGGCUCAAUACCUUGCGCCUCACCAAGAUGUAAAACCCCCCUCCCCAUUUAUCAACAGAAAUCUGUUUAGUUUACAGUUGCUGGAUGGGAGUCCAAAGACAGGUUCAGGGCCACAGACAUUAAUAUUCAGCUUAGUGUGUUUAUUGUUCUCUUUAUUUUUUAUUUUACACAUUUUUUGUAGCUAUUCUAAUUAUGACUGAUUUAUGCUAUGGAGAGUUUUUUUUUUCUGAUUGAUUGAUUGAUGAGUUUAUAUUUGUGUUUCUGCAAUUUUAAUUUGAUAGACUGUAAAACUGAACAGUCAGUAGCCUACAGACAUCUGUUGCACUGUAUGGAAUAAAUAAAAAAUAUUUAACAAAAUAUUUAAAAAUAUUUAAAUACAGUAUAAUAUUGAACAGACUGGAAAAUAUAAGCAUUUCCCAACAGAUGGCAGCAAAGGUAUAACAUACUUACCUUUAAAAAAAAACAAAACAAAAAACAGCGCUGCUGGAACACAACAGAGAAGGGUGACAAAAUUUCCACUAAGUAACAAUAAAACAAAUAAACAAAAAAAAAAACACACACCACACAUCUGAAUUUGCAAUAAUAUAUCUAUACUGUUUAAUAUUGAAAUGAUUUCAUUACGCUCUGUUGUGUUACAGACAGUAAACACUAGUCAAUAAUACAAUAAAAGACAGAAAAUACAGUCUAAUGUUAUUAGCACCUCUAGACACUACUGUCCUUGUACUGUUUUUAGUAUUUUAUCAUAGCUGAACGUGACGACUACUGCCUACACAUGGGCUUUGUACACCAGAGUUAACUAAGUCGUAGCGUUAACAUUAUAAAGUAGAGAGUCAGCAAAUAACAGUACACAUUAUGAUUUCUUUAACACAGCUGCAGUAUGAGUAAGGGAAAUGCAAUGUGAUGAGGAUGUGGAUAUUACAGCUUAGAAUCGACUACGGCAUUGAUGCCUAUGGUUACCAUCACAUGUAGCUUUACUCAAAAACAGGGGAAAAGCCACCAUAAAACAUAAACCAUAAAAAAAACAAAAACAAAACUAACCUUUAACAUGCAAAAAAAAAACCCACUUGUUUCAUAAUUUUAGUUUAUAUGGAGCCCGGAAACUGCCAAAAAGGUAAAAAAAGAAAAAAAAAAAAGAUUCAUUUUAAUUUGAAUGUAAAAAUAUUCUGUAUACACAUAAACACUAUUUCAGUGGGUUAAUAAAACAAGCAAAAAUGUUUUUAUUUCAGUCAGGUAUGCUGUGGUUUACUCAUUUUAUUUACUAGGUCACGUGUUCCUUGGUUUUCCUCAUUUCGUGCUUUUUGUCCUAUUGAUGUCCCGUUUUCCUCUCCACAUGUUUAAUUUUCCAAAUGCAUAUAUAAUAACUAUGGGUUAGUAUUUGUUGAUGGCAGUAACUGGUUUGGGAUUUAUAUACUACUUGUGGGGUAAUUUAGAGUGCUUUGUAGCUAACUUAACUGGUAUCAUACUGCCCACAAGCAUUGUUGGCUAGCUACAUAGCUGAAGCUGUACAUUUUUUUCAUAACGGUACAUCAGCCAGAAUGUUAUCAAUCUAUCACUGUUGUAACAAGCAUACAAAAACAAAGUAACAGUCAAUCUAAAGUUUGACAUUUGACA